CAUUACCCGUCGUAUGCAGAUAAAGCAGAUAAAAUUGAGGAGAAAAGGCCACUUUUUUUAUCGUCCAGCUAAAGAUUGGCGCUGAAUUGCCAGACUUCACUCGAUAAUAACUCUUUUAUUAAGCGUUAUCGAAAAAAAUGGUAUAGGACUUUUCUUUUCAGUUUUGCCUGCUCUACUUGCACACGACGGAUGAUGCGAUUGACACCGGACACCCUGUAUAUAGACUUCAGUGUAUAUUAUACAGUUUGCGUAUAUAUUGAUGUAUAAUACGCAAAUUAACUCUAUAAUAUGUGUCAAAUGUACGAUGCGAUAAAUGACAGGAGUUUGCUGAAAUGCAAUUAAUCUUUUUUUUUAACGAUGGGUAAUUGCAUCAGGAGCGUGUUAAGAAGGCUGAGAAGGAACCACGACACGGAGAAGACAAUUAUCCUGCUUAUUGUUGGAUUAGAUAAUGCUGGGAAGUCCUUAAUAUUAAAUUAUAUUAGUGGAGACCCAGAUAGGAAUGUACUGCCUACAAUGGGGUUUCGGACAGUAUCUUUAAAACAUAACUCAUAUUCAGUGAAAAUAUAUGAUCUUGGUGGCAGUUCUCAGAUUAGAGCAUUGUGGCCUAAAUAUUAUAAUGAUAUACAUGGUCUUAUAUAUGUGGUGGAUGCUAGUGAUAUUUCCCGUCUUGCAGAAAAUAAAGUUGUGUUUAACGAAUUAAUAACACAUGAGCAUAUUUCAGCGAAACCGUUAUUAUUACUUGCAAACAAACAGGAUUUGAAUGGAGCUAUUGACGAGCUAGAUCUGGUUGAAAAUUUGGACGUAGAACAUGCAGCUAAUACCAUGAGAUGUCCAACAAGAGUAGAAACAUGCUCUUGCAUUUAUGAUAAGGAACAAUCAAAGAAUAAUACUAUGGGCAUAAGAAAUGGAUAUAAAUGGCUGUUGGAUACUAUAGUAAAAAAUUAUGCUACCCUCAAUAAUAGAACCAAACAAUCACAAAGUUGUCAACGUAAAAAUAUUCAAGAAUCUCAGUCUAUUGCAUCAAAUACACCAUCAAGAAUUUCUAUACACUCAAAUCCCUUUAAACCUAUUAAAGAUCUCUUGGCAACAAAGGAUGAAGUUUUAAUAAGUGAAACGUGCAAUGGUACUAAUGAAGGAAAAAGUUUUAUAAAAGCUUUUGUAAGAAGAAAUAAGACUGCCCCUCUUCCAAUUGAACAAUCGACUAUCGAAUGCGAAAGUCUUUCGCGAAAUCUUACGCCUAAUGUGGAAACUCUCGCUGGAGAGAAAAGUACACAAACUAUGACUACAAUAUUAGAUCCCUUAAAUUUAAAUAUUGAUUAUAGUCCAAGCAAUGCUAGUACAAAUCUAGUACAAAUCCGUCCGUAUACAGCACCAGAAAGAUCUCAACGGUUAUUAAAUAAAAUGAUAAUUAAUAUUCCUGGACAAGUGCCUCAAUGACAGCAUGUGUAGAUUUUAUACCAGUUCAAAAGGGACCACACACACGAGCAUACAUAUACAUAUUACAAUGUCAUAAUACAAUUGUAUUCACGAUAAAAAUAUGAGAACUACGUUACUAUAAAAAGCAUUUUAUAAUAGCUUUAGAUAAAUAAUAUCUCCAACAUUACUAUUUUUAUAACAUCGCCUAAUUAUAUAUUAACAUUUUUUGUAUAAAAACACUUUAUAUUAUUAGGUUAUCAUUUCUGAAUUUGGAGAAUACAAAAGUGCAAACAUUAACAUAUGUAAUAAUUUAUAUAUAUGUGUUAUGAAAUUAUAAUUUUUAUAAACUUAUAGUAAUAUCUGUAAUAUAUAAUAAUAAUAAUGUAUAUAUUAUCCAACACGAAAGAUAUGUUUAUGAAAUAUACUUUUUAUCAUCUAAAAAAGUUAUUUUUUUUACUGACAUAUCUCAUGGAAUGCUAUUGAAUUCAAUGGGAGAAAUCUAACAAUUAAUAUAACGAUUUUAUAUAUUAUUAUUGCAAUUGUGUGUUUUAUCUAUUAAUUUAUUCUGUAAAUCUGUAUACAAGUUUGUGUAUAUAGAAUGAUAUAAAUAUAAAUGUAUAUGUAUAUAUACGAUACAAAGCACAUACUGAAGUAUCCGCUAGGGCUAGUGUAUAAAGAUGCUGAAAAUUGCUUUAAUACUCCGGUAAUAUUGUUUCGAAAAUUGCAAUUUCAAAACGGAUUCAUGUAGCAUACAACAGUGGCUAUUCUUAGCACACAUUUAUCACAAUACAGAAUGUAAGAGACAUUGCACACUUUCAUUUUGCCCAACAUCUUGUACACCUUAUAUUUUUGAGCAAUCACUUUAUAAUGUUAUUUAAAUAAGAUGUUUACAUUGCAAAAUGCGUUUCUGUGGUAAAUUGCAAACAUCUUAUUGUACAAUAAGGAACAAUGAGAACGCGAGAUUCUCGAAAAUUAUAUAUAUAAAAUCUAUUAUACAUAUUAUAUAUAAACGAUUAUAUAUAAUAUAUAUAUUGUAUAUUAUAUAUAUAUUUUUUCAAAAAAUGUCUAAAUAUAUGUUAUGCACAUUAUAUCCACGCAUACACAUUUUAGUUUUAAAUAGUUCAACCACAGAGUUAUCAAACAAUUGCGAGUAGAUAUAAGGCAUAUGAAUUCGAUUAUUCUUACUAUGAAAGACUUUGUAUCACGUUUCGCAAAUUUCGUUACCGUUUCUUCUGCGAAUACAGCAAUUUCUACUACAAUAUUAAUUGAUCCUUUUGCUUUUUCAAGUUCUUAUUUGUUAUAUUCAUUAAACUAGCGAGACAACAUUGCAUACCUGCUAGCAAUUUCGAUGUUUGCAAGCAAGCUAAUACAUCUUAAUUAGUCUAAUCACAAUGCAACUCUUCUUAACUUUUUGUAACAUUUAAAUAUUUGUUGUAAUCACACUGGUAAAUUACAAUUACAACUAAUUUAUCUCAGGCAAAUAUAGUAAUGCAUUGUGAAAUUGAAUAUUGUUUCGUCAAAGAUAGGCUAUUACUUAUUGCAGAGAUCAUACACACAUACUGUUACAAAGCCUAAUAUAAAAUAAAUAUAUAUAUAUAUAUAUA